GCUGGAUAAAGCUUAUAUACCGGCAGUCCUACCCGUGCUGUGAAUCCUGGCCAGUUUGGACGUUCCUGGUCCUCCAAAUAUCGGAUAUCUAUUCUCCUGAUUUUUGCUUUUGAGCUGCCCCCGAGACACCGUUGUCGUUGCUCAGUCACCCAUCAUGUGGUAUCUGGGUAGCAUGCCCAUAGUGGAGCGCAAUCAUGGCAUGGUCUUUGCGCUCUUCUUCUUUACUGCCCUUGCGCUUGUCAUUGUUAGUCUUAGGAUAUUUACCAGAGCUUUUGUCGUGAAGCGUGUCGGACCUGACGACUACGUCAUAGUCCUAGUAAUGCUGGGACUUGUUGCAUAUCUCACUGCUUGCAUGUACCAAGUGCAUUACGGGUUGGGCGACGCUGUCCGUCUCGACCAGAUCAAAGACUUUCUCAAGUCGCUCUACGUGACCAUUGUGUUAUACAAUGCGAACCAGCUGCUGGUCAAGCUCUCACUGGUGCUCCAAUACCAGCGAGUCUUCCAGACGCCCGACAACCGCCGCUUCUUUGUGGGCCUCCUCAUUCUCCUGGCCAUAUACGCCGUCGUUGCGGAGACCCUCACUGUCUUUACGUGCUGGCCCAUCCCGGCAUAUUGGGACGACUCUGUUCCUGGCGGGCGGUGUCUCACUCGCAGUACUCUCCACUAUAGUCUUGCAGGGUUAAAUAUUGUCAUCGACUUUGCUAUCCUCCUUGUUCCGAUACCGUUUCUAAAGAGGCUACAUAUCGCGGCAAGGCUCAGGGCGAUAUUGCUUGGUGUCUUCACAUGUGGCGCUUUUUCAUGUAUCGUGUCAAUUGUGCGACUAAAGUCACUGAAGGAUAACUUCUCUGGCCCCAUUGACCAGCAACCAAUUAUCGGCGUCGACAUUGUGCUCUGGUCCGGUCUCGAGACAUCAGUGGCCACCAUCUGUGCCUCGGUUCCCGCGCUGCAGGCCCUGCUUGUCAGGUUCUUCCCAUCGUUCCGGUCCACCACACUCGGCACUGGCUCUGGAGGCACCCCGCGCCGUUCACGCAACCGAGUUCCGUCAAUGUUGACGCCAUUGCAAUUUGUCCGCAAGCCACGGGAUGGCAUGGGAUCGAGAGCGCAGGAUUACGAUACUCUGGAUGACAUGUCCAAGCUCGCCAUUAGCGUGCGUAAGUCAAUUGAACUACAACGAGGGUCGAUUCCGCGAUCUGGCAACGAGAGCGUGAGCCACCUGGUUGGCGCCAACUCGGGGUGGAGGGCGGAUUGCUAUUCUGAGAUGGAGGCCGGCACGUUGGGCAACACUACAAGCAAUGACAGCCGCGGACAGGAGAAGUCAACCCAGGUUGUCGCAAUUUCACGGGCCAGCAGCGAUCACUCAUACACAGCUCGAGGGUAGUUGAUUACCUUAGUAUUCAUCCUAGUAAUAAUUAAUCUCAGAAGUCUUGUAUACAGACUCUGAGCCUCUGGAACUC